AUGGUUGACAAACAAUGCAGUAUGCAUUUUCCAAAGAGGUUUAUUGAUUCGGCUAAAGUGGAUGAUGAAGGAUAUCCAAUUUACAGGCGAAGAGAUAAUGGAUCUAUAGUUGAUAAGGGUGGAGUUCAUCUUGAUAAUAGGUAUGUUGUUCCAUAUAAUGCUGAAUUGCUACGUAAAUAUCGAGCACAUAUCAAUGUUGAGUGGUGUAACCAGUCAAGAUCAAUUAAGUACCUGUUCAAAUAUAUACACAAGGGGUAUGAUAGGGUUACUGCUACGGCAUACCAAGAUAAACAAAAAGAAGGUGAAGGGAAAGAAAUCGACGAGAUAAAAAUGUACUAUGAUUGCCGAUACAUUUCGGCUUGCGAGGCAAUUUGGAGGAUUUUUGGAUUCAACAUCCAUUAUCGAACUCCUGUUGUGGAGAGGCUAAGUUUCCAUCUACCUAGAGAGCAAACUGUUUUGUUUAAUGACCAUGCUGAUGUAGAAUCCGUACUAGACACGCCCCAUAUCGACAAUACGAAAUUCCUAUCUUGGAUGAAAUGUAAUGAGAAAUAUGAAGAAGCUAGAGCGAUUAGUUAUGUGGAGUUUCCUACAAGAUUUGUUAAGAAGCAGGCGUUGAGGGAGUGGACACCAAGAAAUAAAGGCUUUGCAAUAGGUCGAAUCUACCAUGUAUCGCCAGGAUCUGGAUUACUGUUAUCUGGGAGUAUGUCGAAGCCGGAGGAUGUUUGGCAUAAGACUUGGAGGUUACUAUCUGAUGACAUUUUGUACAAGCAGCGUGGUAUUCAGAAAAAUAAAGAACAACAGUUAACAGAUGAUCAAAUUGAAGCGUUUGCGUUGGCGGAGAUUGAAACCACACUCCAUAGUAAUGGCAGCAGCUUGCGUAGAUUUAGUGAGAUGCCAUUUCCGGAUGAACUAAUCAUGUUUGAAGGACAAAACAAGCUUAUUGCAGAUGAGCUUUCUUACGACAUACAGGAAAUGACGUUGGAACACGAUAAAUUGUAA